AUGGCGAGCAGGACACUGCGCGCGCUACCCCGACCAACGCCGCGGUCGUAUACCCCGGUUCGAUGGACGUCGUCCAAGCCCCCUCCCCCCCCCUCCCCCACCCCCGACGCACACUCCGUCCUCGAACCGCCAAAAGACAAGGAUGGGACAUAUGUCGUUCCGCCCCUGUCCAAGCCGCCUGGUAUCCCGUUUCCGCCAACCACUGAUCCCGUUACUUGGGCCCGCCGUCGCGAACAGCUCAUGGACACGGAACGGAGGCGGGCCGAGAGAAAGCUGUUGAUCAAGGAGGCUAGUCAGGGUUACUUUCACGAUUACAACCUCGCGCGAAAGGCGAAUGGCGGCAAGUUGUGGGUCGGUCCCCCCGUUUUGAUCCGGGAAGACAAGAUGGCAAACUACUUCCCCGACAUCUCGGGCAAGGCUCUGACGGGGGAGACGGUGCAUACGACCGACCUGCUGCGCGGCAAGGUGUCGCUUGUGUCGAUCCUCAACACGCGGAUUAGCGAGGAACACGUACAGUCAUUCGUUGCUCCUGUGCUAGAGGAUUGGGAGGGCCAGCCGGCGUUCCGAUACAUGUCUAUCAACCACCAGGAUAAUGCGCUCAAGUCUAUGCUGGUGUCGUUCUUUGUUAGCGGGCUCAAACGCACUGUUCCACAGGAGAGGUGGGGGUCGUAUAUCUUUGCGAGUGGCGAGUGGUCCAAGAUUGAUAUCACGGGACCGCUGGGGAUUGAUAAUAAGAUUCUCGGAUACGUCUACCUCGUCGAUGAGAACGCCAAGAUCCGCUGGGCGGGGUGCGCAAUGGCACAGCCAAAGGAGGCCGAGGACUUGCGGCGCGCGGCAGCCGUGCUGAUGCGUCGUAAACUGGACCACUAG